GGCGCGUUUCUGUUUGUCAUUCUGCCCUUCAGCACCCUCUCCCUCCACGUGGUUCGCUUCUCUGAAUCUUCCCAGGUCCUCUGUGUCCCGCUGAUGAACCUGAAUGAAUGUACCUGCCAACUUAUCCCACAAAGUGUCAGCUGACAAGGGCCUGAGAUACAGGCUUGAGAAAGGAGCCAAAGAAAGAAAUCUCAAAUGGUGGAAUUUCUGUUACCCAUGACCAUAAUAAGCAAUGGGGAAGGUGACAGUUACCACUAUAUACUGGGCCCCAUGUUUUUUUGCCUGCUCUGCAUACAUUGUGUUAUUUAAUCCUCACAAUAGCCUUAGAAGGAAUAUUCUAUUAUUCCAGUUUUCUAGGUGAGGCUAACUAGAACUCAGAGAAGUUAUGGAUUUGCAUCUUCUAGCAAGUGGUAGAGCCAGAAUUUGAACUGAGGUUAACCAUUGCUCUUAAUCACUGUGCUGGGAACCCCGUGUGGUCGACAGAAUCAUGGCCUCAAAAGAUGACCACAUCUCAUGGCCUGCUGUGGUCUCUCCUCUGUAACUGGGCUCUGUGGCCUAGCGCCCUCAUUCCUGCCACCCCGAUUAUGGGCCGAGGCCCUCGAGGGGUCACCACCGAGGUUUCCACCGGUCCACAGCAAGAACAUGGCAGCCACCCCCUCCAGCCUCUGGGCUCGGGCCACCCACGACUACGACAUGCGCACUGCCGGCUCCCCUCCCGGGAACAGCUCCUGUGGAGGUGCCAAGCACCUCGGGGAAGCCAUCCCCCACUACCCUGGUCUCCCCAAGGCCAACCCAGGUCCCUGGUGGGUGAGCUUCCUUUUUGGGAAGUCCACUGUCCCGUUCACGGCCACUGUGUUGGGGUCCCCGGGACAUGCGGAAUUUCCCCGGGCCUCCAGCAGCACGGUCACCUGUGACCUGGCUCGGGCAGCCACCAGGAAGCAGCCUGGUGGCCAGCCGAGCAAAGCCAACGCCAGCCCCAUCCUGAGUGGCCACCACCAGCCACCAGACUUCCAGGCACUAGGCCCUUUUGAGUCCCCCACCCUGCCCCUCCUGCUCUAUUCCUUCCCCCGCUCCUCACCUCCCCUCACAGGUGAGGCCGGCUGCAGCAAGCAGAAACAGUGGGCUCUCUUAUACCAAAACAUCAACACACCAAAGAAAGUGGGGGGAGCCCCACUCUUCACUGUCCAAGCCACACGGAGGCUUCCUGAUGCCCCAUAA